AUGUCUUGACUCCACAGCCAACAGAACAAUUUUGUCUUCGCUGUUCCAAUACUUUUGGAGGGCACUGUAUAUGAUAACCAGGGCCUCUGUCAUUUCAGACAUUAAGAACUAAAUUUUGUUUAUCAGCAUCCGCAUAUUUUGUCUUUCUUCAAUUACGUUCUGCUCUCAAAGCGUAUGGAGUUCCUUGGGCAUCUCCCAUUUCCUCUCAUCCUAUGCGGGAUUGGAUUGCACCAUCUUCUGGUCGGCCAUCUGUUUCCUUAAUAUAUAAUAAAAUUAUUGAUUGCAUUACAAAACCUCUUUCUAUUAAAUCUAUUUGGAAUAGGGAAUUACCUGACCUUAAUCUAUCUGUCGCCUGGGAGAGAGUGUGUCAAACCUCAGCUUAACAUCUAAAAACUUGGCUCAUCGUCUUAUUCACUUCAAAGUCAUUCAUAGAGCAUACACAACUCCUUACAAAAGAUUCAAAAUGAAACUACAACCAAAUUUUAACUGCCAUAUAUGUAAUACUGCAUCAUCAGGUACUUUUCUUCAUAUGUUUUGGGAAUGUCCUAUCGUCAUUAAUCUAUGGACAUAUGUAAACCUGGUUUUAUCCUCCUUACUACAAAUAGAUUGCUUUGCUAACCCAAGUUUGUGUCUUCUUAACGAAGAUUCUGGUCUCUGUAUGAGCUUAAUACAAAAGAGAAUGUUAUUUGCUGGUUUUACAGCUGCGAAGAAGACAAUAAUACAGAACUGGUUUACACCGCACAUGUUUGGAAAAACAUAUUGGAUCCAUAGCCUCCUGAAAAUAGUGACUUGUUAAUGUACAACAGCGCAAAUUAAUGGGGCCAAGCCUUCUACUAUUGAUGCUUGGCAAGUUUUUUCUUUAACAAACUUGAUUAUAUAAAGGAAUGACAUGUUUUUUUGGGGGUGGUUUUUUCUUCCCUCUCUCUCUCCUUUUUGACUGGACUAUUGUAGUAUUGAUUAUAUGUCUGUUGUUUUGUUUUGUUUGUUUUGAAUGGAUGUUAUGAUGUUGUGUUUGAAAAUAAAUAAAAAGUUGAUAACAAAAAAAAUAAGUGAGAGAGUCAUUGGUGGUCAUUUAUUUAAUGUUAAUAUUUCUAUGUUAAUAUGUUUUAGAGAGAUUAAUUACAAAUAUCACAUGUUUAGACUAUGGAGGAAUUUGCACUUUUGAGUUAAUUAAAAGAUAUUGAAAAAUUUAACUAGUUGACUAGUGGAAUGCAGUCAGUUCAUAUUCCCUUAAUAUAUGUUUAUGUAACUGAGAACUCUCCAAACCAUGCACUGAUAAAUGGAGCUGUUGUGUAAUUGCUCAUGUUUCUUUUUGGUAGCCUUUUUCCAGGACGCUAACAAGCUGCUCCUGAACGAACGAUCUAACUGGGUGCAUCUAAAGGAGUUCGCCCGUAAAAAUGCUGCCAACGCUCUUUCUGUGGCCAAUAUGCUCAUGGGCAUGGCCUCAAUCCUCUGCAGUCUCAAUGGCCAUCAUCAUGUUGCGUGCUGGCUGGUUCUGAUCGGUUACCUGCUGGAUUUGGCAGAUGGAGCAGUUGCUAGGCAACUAAAUGCGUGUUCUGCACUGGGUGCAAAGUUGGAUGAUUUUGCUGAUUUCACAACAUUUGGAAUAGCAACAUCUCUCAUUUUAAGGACAACCAGUCUUUUGGAUAACAUUCUGUGCAUGUUGUAUGUGUUGUCUGUCUAUACUCGUCUCUGCUUCUUCUCUAGCGGAAUCCCAUUCAUGUACCGUGGCCUACCAUGCAUCUACUCCUCUGCCAUCCUGGUGUGUGUUUCUCUGCUGACUGGAGGAAAUAUGGCAGUACUGAGAAUCCUAGCAGUGGCCAUGAUUCUCUUCAUGGUCAGUCAGAACUUCUACCCACAUGACAGAGUACUGGAGUCUCAGGCCUGGAAGAAGGUGGUCUACAUCGGAGGAAUUGCCAUGGUGUUUUGCUCCUCCUUCCCUCCAGCGUGCGUUUACUACUUGUUAUGGUCAAUUUCCUACAUAUUGUUUCCAACAACCCUGUGGAGCAGCAAAGUGUAAAGGGAUAAUGGCCUAUGAGGCUCAUACGUCACCGUGUCCCCUUCUCCUUCCUGCAAAGGAAAAUCAAACCAAUUUAGAAAAUCAGAAAACUAUUUUUAAAUCAUUUUUGUUUUGAGGUGAUGAACUUCAUGAAAUUGACAUGAUCUAGGAGGCUUACGGCCAUCUUGAUCGCUGCUGCGGUUUCAUCGCUAAGGAUGAGAAAUUCUCUUUACCUUUGCUUCACAUGUAUUGUCGUGUUUGCAUGGCAUGUUGACAGAGACACAGUAGAUGGUCUUGGAUACAGUAUGUGUGAUGUUUGUUGCACAGUUCUGCCUAAAUGAAUCAAAAAGGCAAGAAGCAGAGUAGAGAUUGUCAAAUUUGCUGUGGAAUUUAUACUUGUAGAAUUACUGCUUUUUGGUUGUUUAAGAAACCGAAAAUAAUGACCAUAAGGGAAUUUUAUGCAUAUGAUCUGUGUAAUUUCAUGUAAAAACACUACAGUAUGAUUAAGGUAGUGGCUAUCAUCAUAUACUGUAGUUUAUCUAUUACCGGGAUAAUGUGUGACUUAAAAUACUUUAUGUCCCAUAUAAUAUUAGGUGGGCCUUCGAAACAAAUGCCUCGUAACAAUACGAAGGUUGAUUUCAUUUUGAUAAAUGAGUUUGUCUGUACCAUUUAACCUCUGUUUUAAGGGGUUCUGCUUCCUGACUCACGGUUAUCAGUAAUUGCUUGUGUUUAGCGAGUGAUCUUACAUUGAAUCUGCUAUGUACUGUUCACGGGUUCAGUGAGAAGUUGAUACCCUGCAACAUAACAGUAUUGAGGCAUUAUUUUGUGUUCUGUGCACCACUUGUGGUUACUUUUUAUUAAAAUUUAGUGGUGUUAAGAAGAAAUGUGUUUG